AUGAGAAGACAGAAAUCGAAGGAAAGGUCGUCGACCCGAAAAGUCACACCGCCUUCUCCCACAUAUAUGAACAAUGACCAAUUUGCUUCGUACCUAGCAAAUCUCCGAGAUAAUCGCGUCAACCGCCCAGGGGGGGCGCGGCCACUACCGCCUUCGUCGAAACCGCACCGAGACUCAACAGUACGACUUGCUACGGGCCGCCCGUCACUUGGAAGCGUCUCUGUCCUAUCCGAAGCCUCUAGCAAUCACCAAAGAGCACAGUCUGAUGUUCCCAAACCGCGUGGUAGUCGCCCCAGCUUUGCACCUAGCGUAGCAUCUCGGUAUUCCACUGCAUACUCUGUCGCAUCUUCGACGGGAAGGGAUUACUACCCAGAACGCCCUUCCUCUACUUCUCCUUUAAAGCCCGGUGAAGUUGUUCCCAGCGCCACAUACAUCGAGCGCGGCCAACGGUGGAUGGAGAAAGAAGAGGCAUAUUCUCUCCGCGAGGCAAUGGACGCUAUGGACGCCAUGAAUCUCAAAGACGAGGACGAGAGCAAAGAUAAGCAGGAAGGUGGCGAGCAAGAUGAGGAUGAAACUCGGAUCUACAAUGCUGCACUCGACGAAGCGGCUGAAUUGGUCUAUCAACAUCAACACGGGAUAAAACCUCCUGAGCCUGGCGCUCCUUAUCGCUACAAGUCGCAUUUGCGGAAGGACAGCUACGCCCAUGCUCGUACCGCUAGUGUCGGACGAUAUGGUGGUGACAUUGGUGCUACAGGUCUUGCGAGAGACUCUGUUCGAUCUUUUUCAGGUAGCUCGUCUGGUAGUGAAAGAGCGCCUUCGCCAGAGAGUGCCCGCACAAGUCUAGACCAACAACGCACAUAUUCUAUGGGUUCGACAAAAUCAAAGUCGUAUGGUACACUAGGUGGUACGCAACGCUCGAGCUCUGGUAGCCGUCGUCUUAGCAGCCUAAAGCGCAAUAUCAGUGGAGAGAUUGAGAAACCAUUCUCGGGUGAUCAGAUUUGGGAAGAACCAGAGAGCACAAGUGCUACACCUGAACGAAUUCCAAGACAGCCCCAGAUACCACAAACAACACAACCACUGGGGCUCAAGUCGAAAGGAAGUCCUAACAAAGUUCAAUUUGCUCCCACUACUGCUUUAGAUUCCAACGCUCCCUCCUCUUCAGUCCCCGCCAAGCCAGUGUCCAGAUACGACAUUCACAAGAACCCGCCCUCACAAUCACGUAACCCAAACUACAUGACGAACAGUCCUUCAGACUCUCCGCGGUCUUCUCAAGACAUCCCCACGAAGAACGGCGUGGAGAUUCGCAGCGAGGAUAUCAGACAGGCUACUAGCAUGCGGCUCAAGGACCGCAGUGCUAAGCUCCCCACUCCGUCGGCGGUCAGUGACAGCCCCGGACGUCCAAUCGUAAGCUUUGACAAAAACUGGAAGCCCCCGGAGGAGGAAGAGGCGACUGAUUCAAAAUUAGAAGAGUCCAAGCCCAGAACCAGCACCAGCAGCAUCAACAGCAACCGCAACAGCAACACAAACGCCAACGCCAACAGCAGCCGAGUCGGACCUUUCGGGGUCGUCGGAAAAGAGCGUCAGGGUCAAGCCCCGCCUCCGCCUGUCCCUUCUAUCGCAGUUACGCCGGAUCCUCAGACCUCGAAGCCGUCGUCAACAACAUCACGGCAAUCUGGUGGCGCGCCGCCCGUCCCAAGUAUUCAGAUAGAUGGCAUGGAUGAUGGCCCAAGUGUGCCUUCUAUUGCUAUCUCUGGAGACGGACCAGCAGUACCCACCAUUGUGCUUCCUGAUGACGACAGCAACAACAACACCCCAAGUAUACCUACGAUAAUUACACCCGACGACAACAACAACAACGCCAGAAAGCCUUCAACUAGACCCCUACCGGACCCGAAAGCGCUUCAAAAUUCACGACAGCGUCCUCGAAGUCAUUGGUCUCCAGCACCCGGUAGCAUUGCCAACCGCCGCGCCACAGCAGCAUGCCAUGAAUGCGGGUACCCCAUCGAGGGCCGCUUCGUCGCACUCGCCGGUGCCUCGGAACGUUUCCAUCCGCAAUGCUUCCGAUGCUACACCUGCAACACAGCCCUCGAAGCCUUAGAAAUCAGCCCCGAACCCGACUCCUUCCGCUCAGAACGUCUAGAUCGGAUACGCCGGCGUGCAGCCGGUCAAAUUCUCGACGAGGAACCCGGACAGACAAUGGCGGAAGACGGAGACGAGAGACUACGUUUCUACUGCCACCUCGACUGGCACGAACUCUUCGCCCCACGUUGUAAGCACUGCAAAACCCCUAUCCUAGGCGAACACGUAGUAGCUCUAGGCGCCCACUGGCACUACGGCCAUUUCUUCUGUGCGGAAUGCGGCGAUCCGUUCGAACAGGGCGAUACGCAUAUCGAGAAAGACGGAUACGCUUGGUGUAUUAAGUGUCAGACCAAACGUACCGAACGCCGCGCGCCGAAGUGUAGGGGGUGCAGACAAGCUGUUGUAGGGCAAUAUGUUCGUGCUUUAGGGGCUGAGUGGCAUGAGGCUUGUUUUACGUGUGCUGGGUGUGGUGGUGGCUUCGAUGAUGGACAGAUUUUUCCUAUGAGGGAGAGGGGUGAGGGUGUUGUGCUUUGUACCGCUUGUCGCGCGGCGGAGUUGAAGAUGUGAGGGGGUUCUCAUGAUUUUACGACAACAAAUAUGGCGUUCCUGCUAUUAUGAUAAUAACGACCAUCCAGUAAUCGUCUUUGCAACGACGGUGAUACAGAUUGUUUGGAACUGAGACUAUUCGUACAGGUGUCUUCAAGAGUGCUUGGGAUUUUGCGUUUUGCGUUUGCAGCAAGUAAUCAUUCAGGGCGUGUUGCUGCGGGUUUUGCUUUUGCUUUUGAUUUUCACGGGUGCGAUCGAUACAUAAUGGCGUUUUUUUGAGAUUCGAGAGGUUCG